AUGGAUUCUUUUCCUACAACACCAGUUAAUAAAAUGAUUUUGGGGCAUCAAGAGACUUCAGAUCUUGGGUCUACAUCUAAUGGUAAUGAUGGUGAAUUUAAAGUUCAUCCUCAUGGCCUUUCGAGUAAGAAGAGGUUUGUUCAUUCAGGGGUUGAGUCUGCUUCUGAAACUGAUUUAUCGUUAGAUUGUGUUAGGAGGAGUGUCAAUCCUGAAACAUCUGAAAAGGCUAGAAAGGAAAUAUUGGAUAAUAUGGAUAUUAAUAAAUUGUUUUCUAAAUCUAGGGAUGUUAGUAGUGCUGAUGAUAUUUCCAAUGGUCCGAUGAUAAAAUUAAUUCAUUCUCCAGUAAAAGUGGAUUUAAGUUCUCCAGUACCAGUAACCGCCAAUGGAAUUGACAAAGCAGAAAACGAAGAACAUGUUUCUAAAAAGCCAAGAUUAGAAUUAGACUUUGCUCCAGACUUGAAGAAACCUAUCACUAAUGAUAGUGAAGAAAUUGUAGGAUCGCCUGAUGCCAUUGAAAUGAUCGAGACUAAAAGUAGUCCAAAUAAAACAGGUCAGAAUGAAGAAUUGCUAGCAUUGGAAAUUCAAGAGGCUAUGAGAGUAUCAAUCCAUGAGGAAGAAUCUGAAGAUGAUAAAGAGGAUAACAAUAGCAAAGAUGUUUCACACAAGAGCUUUGUUACUCCAAAGAAGGAUGAUGUCGAAACUUCUCCAAAUCUUCAUAAAUUGACACCACUCUUAAGUAGCAGCAGCAGCAGUCUAUCACCAAAAAUGGAGUAUAGACAUAUAUGCAGUGGAGAACAAGAUGAAAUCGAAAAGGAACAUAAUGGGUUUAUUUUAGUUUCAAGAAGAAAUGAAGAGUUGAUUGAUCAACUACAUAUGAUGAACAAAAGAUUAAACAACUAUCUUUCCAAAUAUGAAAAUUCAAACUAUCAGUAUAAACUUUUGCGUGCAGAGCAUGAAAAGGCAAAAGAUAAUUUUGAGAAGCAAUUGAAUUUAGCACAAGCUGAAGUUGAUCAGUCAACUGAAGAUGCUAAUAAACAUAAAGAGAGAUUUGAGAAAAUUAAGAAGAAACUAAGUGAGACAAAGGAUGAAAUCCAAAUGCUAAAUCAAAAUCAACGUAUUUUGCAAGAUAAAUAUGAUGGAAUGGCAAACGAAGUCGAUGAAUGGAGAAAUAAGUAUGAAGAAGUCCAAGGGAAGAUGGCGAAACAGGAAAAUGAGGCAAAUAAUAGUGCAUCAAAGCUGCAAUUACUUGAAGAUGAAUUAGAAAUAUUGAAGAAUAAAUUAGAUGAAUAUGAGGCAAGCGAAACUAAGUUAAAGCUGGAUUACAAAGAGUUAGAUGAACUUUUCCAAAAGAGAGAGGAAGAGUUAUUUUCAAAAGCAAACGAAGUUAAUACCCUACAGCAAAGCCUAAAUGAAAUAAUGAAUAGUCAAAAGAGCGCCAGUGAAGACUUAGUAAAACAGAUUGAAGAGUUAUCUACUUCAAAAUCUCAAUUAGAAGUAAAAUUAAGUCAAAUAUCAGUCGAUCACUCGAAGGAGAAACAUUACCUAGAGGAUAAAAUUAAUGGAAUGGAAAAAGAUCUUUCAGAAAAUGUUGGAAAAUUGGAAAUUGCUAACCAGAAAAUAUCGGAUCUUCAAAUUAAAUUAAAUGGGGAAAUUCAAAAUUUAGCUAAUUUAAAGAAAGAAUACGAAGUGUCAAAUGACGAUGCAGAAAUCAAUAAGGCUGAAGUACAGCAAUUAAAUACCAAUAUUGAAGAAUUAAAGGAAAGUGAGAUUCAUUUGAAAGAGAAAAUAUCUACACUGGAGGCGAAUAUCGAAGAAUGGAAGGGAAAAUAUCAAGCUCAAUCUAGCGCCCAUGAAAAAGUAUCCAUAGAAUUUGAAAGUUUACAAUUGAAAAAUAACAAUAUAGAAGCUGAACAUUUAGCAGAAUUAGAACAAUUACAUGAUAAUAUGACAUCAUUACAAGAUACUAUGAAAGAAAAUGCAGAGUCAAUUAAUAAAUUAAAAGAUGAAAACAGAAUAUUACAAGAAAAGUUAUUAGCUAAUGAAGAAGUGACAAGCAAUUCACAAACCUCAAGUGAAGUAAAAGAACAAGAAAUAAACGAAUUGAAAAAUAAAAUAAAAGAUUUCCAAGAGAAAUUAGAUCUUAAAGAACAAGAUACAAACAAACGUUUAAAAUUGUUGGCAGAAGAUUUAUAUGUCCAAUAUUCUUCAAAGCAUGAACAAAAAGUCAAAUUAUUGAAAAAAGGUUACGAUACAAAAUAUCAAUCAAAAAUUGAUCAAAUAUCAUUACAAAAUCAAGGAUUAGUCCAAGAGAUUGAACAAAUAAAGAAUCAACUUUCCACAGAGAGGAAAGAAAAGCAAAAAUUAUUAGAACUCCUAGACCAAAAAUAA